ACGCAUAAUUUUAUUAGCCACACCCAUGUAAAAAUACUAAUGCAAAUAUUCGUGAAGGUUGCUCGCUGGAAGAUGAAUCCUCUUGCUCUUCGUAUAAUCUCCUCCUUCACAUACUUCGUAUUUGUAGUUCCAUGUCACUUUCUCUUCAGAGGAUUCCUCGCUAGAAACUCUCUCUCAAAGCUUGACUACAUACUGGAGGGAAUUAAGAAAGGGCCCAUAGCUCACAGAGGUGGGAUUCCUGAGAAUACAUUAACUGCUUUUAGAAAAUCAAAGACAGCUGGUGCCACAGCAGUUGAGGUUGAUCUUCAAAUGACUAGAGAUGGUCAUCCUGUUUUAUUUCAUGACGAUGCAAUCGACCGACUCUGCAAUGGCUCCGGGCAACUCAAAGACAUGACACUGGAACACAUUAAGACACUCGAUGUAGACGGGCAUGCAAAGAUACCUACUCUACACGAAGCCAUCAGCGCUAUAAAGGAGCUGGAGAUGUACAUGCUCCUGGAGGUGAAAUGUUAUAACAAUCAAACUGUUAACAUUGUCACUGAUCUGUUUAAAAGUGAUCCUGAGUUAUACGAAAGAAUCGUCGUCAUCUCUUUCUUUCCUCAUAUUCUCUACCAGAUAAGGAGAAUUGAUCCAGAUAUCAUUGUGGGUCUUGUAAUACGACAGACUGUAUUUACUGUUGAUCCUAACAAUCCCCAAAAGAUCACUAACAAGUGGAAGCUGAUGCUACUCAGGGCUGUUGAUAGAAUAGUGGCAGGCCUUCUUUUGGGAUUUGUGAGGAAAGUCCUUGGACUGAGUCUUAUAUUGCCUCAUAAAGUAGACAUUUUGGAGGAAAGAGUUGAUGUAAAAUACUUUCAUAAGGAAGGAGUGAGGCUAGUGACAUGGACUGUCAACUUGGACGAAGAAAAGGAGUAUUUUAGCAAUGUCCUCCAGCUACCUUUUAUGACUGACCACGUGCUCUCACAAGAACUACAGCAAUAAUAAUAGAAUAAUAAUAAUAACAAUAAUAAAUGAUAAUAAUUCAGGCCAUCACUAGUAGUUUUAGCUCUAAUCAUUGAAGCAGAAAGUAUAGCACAUGCUCAAUUGCUCUUUGUCAGUAAAGUUUUGAUUUUAUUAUUCAGACAUCAUCAAGUCAUAAUAAUCAUUAUUAUUAUAAUUAUAUUUACUCAUUCAGUCAUUUUGUUUACUCA